UGUCAACAUAACCUCAAAGCGUCGUAUUCGCUGCCGGUAAAUUGUCUAUAUUUACGCAAUUUUCUUGCAAUUUAAUUAAAAAUGAAGGAAACAAGCACUGAUGUGGACACCAGGAAUGUUGUAAAGAAUAGAGAGUUGCUGUAUCGAAUGAUAAUCAGCCAACUUUAUUACGACGGAUAUCAGCCUAUAGCUGCAACUCUAUCCGCAGCGGUGCACGCCGACCCCCCGUGCCCACCAAGUGAUAGGCUUUUAAAUCUCAUGGUGGUGGGCCUCCAGCACGAGCCGGACCGCAAGGAUCGGCUGGCGGCGUCAAGUGGAGCUGAGCAUUUGCUUGGCACUACUGGAUUGGAUCUCGAAUUCGAAAUGGACGCGUCUUCGUUGGCCCCCGAGCCGGCCACUUACGAGACGGCGUACGUGACGUCACACAAGAUGGCGUGCCGCGCGGGCGCAUUCAGCGCGUGCGGGCAACUCGUCGCUACGGGCAGUGUGGACGCUAGUAUUAAGAUUCUGGACGUGGAAAGGAUGCUGGCCAAGUCGGCACCCGAGGAGGUGGAUCCUGGGCGGGAGCAACAAGGUCACCCCGUCAUCAGGACGCUAUACGACCACACAGACGAGAUAACAGGUCUGGAUUUCCACCCGAGGGAGCAGAUUCUAGUCUCGGCGUCGCGCGACUGUUGCAUAAAACUGUUUGAUAUCACAAAAGCGUCCGCCAAGAAGGCCUACAAGUCUAUAACUGACGCGGAACAAGUUUUGGCUGUGGCAUUCCACCCGCUCGGAGAUCACAUCAUAGCGGCUAGCACCCAUCCCGUGAUCCGCCUUUACGACGUCACCACAAGCCAGUGUUUCGUGUGUCCCGUGCCGUCGCAUCAUCACACUAAACAAGUCAACUCUAUCAAGUUCUCCCCGAACGGCAAAUAUUUCGCCAGCGGCAGCGCGGACGGCUCGGUGAAACUGUGGGACACUGUCUCGAACAGAUGUUUCAACACGUUCGUGAACGCCCACGACGGUGCCGAAGUGUGUUCCGUGGCGUUCACCAGGAACAGCAAGUACCUCCUAACGUCCGGUCUCGAUUCGUCCAUCAAACUUUGGGAGCUUGCGAGCAGCAGAUGUCUCAUACAGUACACAGGCGCCGGUACAGCUGGCAAGCAAGAACACAUAGCCCAAGCGGUUUUCAAUCACACGGAGGACUAUGUGAUGUUCCCUGAUGAAGCCACCACCUCCCUGUGCACCUGGCAUUCGAGGAGUGCCAGCCGGUGCCAGCUCAUGUCCCUGGGUCACAACGGAGCUGUGAGAUUCAUAGUACACUCUGGGACUGCGCCGGCGUUUCUAACAUGCAGUGACGAUUACAGAGCUAGGUUUUGGUAUAGGAGGAAUACUCAUUAGUAUUUAAUGUGAUUUUAUAACUACCCUCAUUUUUUUUCUUUUUCAUACUAAUGUAAUUAUUUCGUGAAAUUUUGGUUUUUAAUAUGCCGUGUGGUUCUCAGCACUUUAGAAUGGGACUCCAUAUUUUUAUAUGGAUGUCGUAAAGGUUGACUCAGGGAAUGGCUAAUAAACUUGGGAUUCUUAUCUUAUAGGCGAUGGGCUAGCAACCUGUCACUAUUUGAAUAUCAAUUCCAUCAUCAAACCAUACAGGUGAACGUGGCCGUUCAUUCUUUUCAAGACUGUUGGCUCUGUCUAUCCUACAAGGAAUGUAGAUGUGAUAUUUUAGUUUGGAAUGAUGGACACUUUUCGGUAUGUUUGGAACAGUGACAAUGUAUUCGCAGUUUUGACAAAAAAGUCAGAAAAAAAAUUGUAUGUAACUAAAAAGUUGUAUCUAUUGAUUUUAAAAGAAAGUUUAAAUUUUCAAAGUAAUUGUUAAGAUUGUAUUUUAGGAUACGA